CGAAGUGCGACUACUCGGUGGGCAAAUGGGUGAAGGCGGUGAAUCAGCCGAAGCGAUACUCGGGAAUAGGUUGGGAGCCGAACUACUGCAAGUACAUUCGCAGCGGCUUCAACUGUGAAACCAACAACCGGCCCGACCAGCUCUACCACCAGCUGCGCUGGCAGCCGGAGAAGUGCGAUCUUAGUUAUGUUACCGCGGAGGAUUGGGGGUUCCUCAUGAAGGGCAAGAGGAUGCUUAUGGUGGGAGACUCCAUAACGAACAACGCGUACCAGUCGCUGCUCUGUCUCAUCAGCUCGGCCGACAACAAGGGAAAG